UCAUUUAUUUAGUUGGUCAAAUAAUUUUGCAUAGGUUAUUGUUUAUUUAAAGCUCUUUCACGGAUAUUAAAAGUUCAAGCCUUAUGUUUGAUAAUGGAUAUCACGUAUCUGUUAGGUAUUUUAUUCAUGAUGUUUACGCAAACGAAACCAGGGGUAUCCCAAGUUCAGCUUAAUACCAACCGCGCUAUAACGGCGGUUCUUGGGAACAACUCGUAUCAGCUAACGUGCACACACAAUGGCUUGACAACAUCACAGAUAAAUGGACUUUCACUGAACCUGCAUAAAGAUGGUCUUAGGAUAAUGGUGUUGUCACCUCUAUACACAGGAGAGAACGCAACGAUAUACUCACCGUUUCCUGGACGAAUAUCGGUUAACAGAUUCACGGCAGACAAUCCAACAACAACAGUCACUUUUCAGUCAAUUGAAUGCGGGGACGCGGGAACUUAUUCAUGGGAAGGGUUUUACUUCGAUACUGAAAAUGGACAAACGGCCGUGACACAGCCGCAAGACAUCAUAGUAAAAGCCCACCCAGUUUUCGGUCCAGAUAAUAGGCAGUUUUUUAUACACCAAACACAAAUAUUGCUGAGGGUGACAAAGUGACCUUUACAUGUAGGGGUGAUGUCGGUUGGUGUGCACAUGUAGCGGUGUUUUCGGCAACAACCCAGUUGGUGUCAUUGCCUGGUUCUCCUACAGGAAUGGAGAAAUUGUACCGGUUGAUGAAUCUUCCAACGCAGUUUCGACAGCCCCCAGGUGUCUAGGCUUUGUAGUAGAUCAAGGGCGUCGACAUUAGAACUAACACUGACAAGGGAAAUGGACAAAAUGGUGGUGCGUUGUACAGUACAGCAAGACAUGCGAACUCCGGAUGGGGAAGGUUAUAUACAGACAGAUUCUGCGAUAUCAGUGAUGUAUAAACCAGUCAUCCGAUCGAUAAUAGGAUAUCCAGACAAACAGUUGUACAUAGAGGGACUAGAACAAUUAACAUUGACAUGCAAUGCCGAGGGAAAUCCACCACCUAGUUACUACUGGAUGUUCGAUAACUCAACCAUAGCUGGAUGUCGGUCACUUGUUCUGGAUAAUUUAACAGCGGUGCAAGGAGGAGCUUAUAUUUGUAUUGCUUACAACUCUCUCAAAGGAGUUAUACAGAACGUUAAUGCCAGUACUUAUAUCGUCAUACAGAAGACUACAUCAACAAGUUUUGAUACAACCAUGAGUGAUUCUACAACUUCCCACAAUGAGGAAGAAGGUACAACGUCUGACACUGAACCAGGCUUCACAACAUCAACAUGUUUUGAUACAACCAUGAGUGAUUCUACAACUUUGCAUAAUGUAGAAGAAGGUACAACGUCUGACACUCAACCAGGCUUCAGUGUUGGGAUGAUAGUUGGUGUAAUUGUCGGAGCGUUUGCUGUUGGGGCAGUCGGUAUUUCCCUUAUGCUUGUUAGACGAUGUUAUAGACGUCGUAAAGUUCCAGAAAAACCAACGUAUUCAAAUACUGAACUCAACACCAGGUCUGAAGAUUCCACAGCCAUUGCUGAAAUAAAUAAAUAUGACCAUGUGAACAGUGACAGAAAUGAGCCGCAAUAUCAGUCUUUACAUCAAAAUCCUCAAUUUGUGAACCAAAACAGGGCAACAGAAAGCGAUUACACUGCUUUAGACGUAGGAAGCCAUGAAGAUUCCAUAACAAUGACCACGGAUGUACUAACUGACGACAGAGUGCAAGUGGAACUCCCAACAACUUCCGACAGUUACACUCAGGACCCUGUAUCUGAGGAAGCCCUACACCACUAUCAGUCCUUGCAACGCGACUCCAGCUCAUGUGAAACUGGUUACUCCGAGUUAGAGGUCGCCAGCGCUUGAGACAUAAGGAGUGAGCUGAGGAAUUGAAACGUAUCAAUGACAUUUCAGACAAUUUAAUUACAGUCUACCAUUACUUAUAUGCACACUGCGUGCUAGUAGUAUCUUGUCGAAGCUUGGAAACAAUAAUAAGGUGUAAAAGUGGUGUUUGACAAUCACUGAUGGGAGCAACGAUUUGGGAAUACAUUUUGAAGCAAAAAUGUUUUUCUCAUUGAAAUGUAUUCCCCAAUUGACAACUACGGUGAAAAUUGCGCGUUGGCUGCCACUGAAAGCCAUUUUCUUAUUGGCAACGGGCAGGUUGUCCUUGGAUUAGUUUUAAAGAACUUAUAACACCAUGUGAAUGUUUCUAUGAAAUGUGGUAUAUUCAUAUAGGUUUUUGUUAAAAAUGAAGAAAUCUUGAACGUUUUUCAGUAUUCUGUUGGCAAAUUUAAACCAGGCGCUGUUUAUAUAUUACAAAUCGAAGUAAGAUAACUUUCAGGCUACAAUGUCAAUAUGUUAUUUGUUUUCUGUAAAUAAAAACCCAUGCUUUCAUGUCGCUAUGCCAUUGAACUUUGAACAUACAAAUUAUUGCUUUGAAAAGGAGACGAUUACAAUACUUGCAAAGACAAAAAGACUGAUUAUUAUGAUGAUUAAUUUUAACUUCUAAACAAACGAGACAUUUAAACCAUUUAUUUAUUUACAGUAAAUAUCACAAACACAUGCUGAAUAAAUGAUAUAUUGAAAGAUGAGCAUGUGUGAUCAUAAUCGUG